ACAGCGACAGCUGCCCCGGCCUCGCCCUGCACCGGCUGCGCAUCCCGGAUUUCUGCCCGCCGGGCGCGGAGCAGAUCGACCGCUUCGUGAAGAUCGUGGACGAGGCCAACGCCCGGGGAGAGGGAAGAAUGUGCCUGCAUCCAUUUCCAGCUGCUUCUGUGGAGCCAUUCCCUAAUUUCUAAGGUUGCUUUUGGUGACCACAGGCUUCUAGGCUGCCCUAUCUGAAGCACAACUGAAAAAAAACUUUAACAUGCUAAGUAGGAAUAUAUAUGCAAGGAAGAAUGUCAUGGCUAGGUGGUGAGUGGUACUGCCAACCAAUACAGGAAACACCAGAAGAGGACCAGGUUUGAAGGCAGGCGCUGGAUUCAGUCUCAACACACUGAGCUUAAGAAACCUCUGAGACCUCCAUGCAGGGCUCUCAGGGAAGGAGGCAGGAAUCAGCGGUGACAACGUGAGCAUGAAAUCAAACAGAAUGUGGACAAAAGCCCAUCCGUUGGAUAUGCUGGAGGCGUGAAGGAGGCAGAAGCCAAACUGGAGUUGGUUGAGGGAUGAUCUGCCCUAGGUUCCCUCCUCCAUGCCCGGCCUCAUGCUGCUCUGGAUGGCUGCGCUGCUCUCCGUUCCCUGUGUUGGAAAAACUGCCUGGCUGAGCCUCCGCGUCCAGCCAUACCCUGUGUUUGAAGGGGAUCUCUUGAUUCUGCAAUGCCGGGAAAGGAAGAACGCAGCACUGUCCCAGGUGACAUUCUACAGGAACAGAAAAUUCCUCCAUUUCUCUAAAGACAACCAGCCUCUGUCCAUGGGGGCAGCGAUGCGGAACAGCAGUGGCAGGUACAGCUGCAGUGGGCAGCUGACAUACAAGCAGUCUGUGGGCAAACACACCUCAGAGACUGUCACGGUUCAAGUCCAAGAGCUGUUCCCGCCUCCUGUGCUGAGAGCCUACCCCUCUCAUGAGGUCCCUGAGGGGAGCCCCGUGACCUUGAGAUGCCAGACGAAGCUGCACUCCCUGAGGUCGGCCUGGCGGCUCUUCUUCUCCUUCCACAAGGAGGGCCACACCCUGCAGGACAGGGGCCUCCACCCAGAGCUCUGCAUCCCAGCAGCCCAGGAGGGAGACUCCGGGCUUUACUGGUGCGAGGCAGCCCUUGAGCAUGGCUGGGUCCAGAAACGGAGCCCCCCGCUGGAGGUCAGGGUGUGGGCUCCUGUGUCCCGUCCCCGGCUCAGCCUGAGACCCACCAGCCUCGUAGUGGGGGAGCUGGUGGAGAUGCUCUGUGAGGCCGAGCAGGGCUCCCCUCCAAUCCUGUACUCUCUCCGCCUCAAUGGGGACAUCCUGCGGAACCACAUGGCGCCCCACGGCGGAGCUGCCUCCUUCCUCUUCCCGGUGGUGUCACAGCAGGAUGCCGGGAACUACUCCUGCGAGGCUGAGAAUGCAGUCUCCAAAGAGACAAGCAAGCCCGGGACGCUCUCCGUGCAUGGUCUUCGGGUCUUAUCUGCCCCCAACAGCAGCAACUGGCUGGUUCCUUGGCUGCCUGCAAGCCUGCUUGGCGUGAUGGUCAUUGCCACUGCACUUCUGGUGUAUUUCAGACCCUGGAGAAAAACCGGGCCCCUUCCAGCCCGGAACCUGCCCCCAGCCCCCGAUGGAGAGCAGCACGCACUGUAUGCCAAUGUUCAUUACCAGAAGGAGAACGAUGAAGCCUGUAUCUAUUCUGUGAUACACACAAUCCCAGAGGAGAGUGAAGCCAGCCCUGCCCAGUCAGCCCUGCAGGAAAAGGACACUUCUGUCAUCUACGCUGAGGUGAGACGCCCGAAGCUCGGGGAGGUUCCAGCCAAGGGGCUGAACGGAAAAAGCAGGACCCACCAAGAUCCCACUGGUGGCUGCGAGGAGGUCCUCUGCUCGUGAUGGCCUCCCCUCCCCCACAACACACACACCCAUCAGCAGCCCCCAGGGCUCCCCCGGAGGCCCGCUGUCCCCAGCCGCUUCUGUGGUCCUCCAGUUCCCCAGCCCAGCAGCCAGAACCCCAGUUUGUGGAGCACAUCAGAAAACUCCAUUACCCCUUAGAUGCUUAAAAAGAUACAUAGUUGUAGAUUCUAUUUGUUAA